GAGACUACGGGUUCCAGUAUUACCGACACGACUACAGCCUCGGCAUCGACUUCUAGUCCGAAGACAUCUCCGCCCAAACCGUUCUCCUUCUACACGGAUCUGAUCGACGAGAAAGUGAACGAUUCGAACCAUACCAGCGAAGACAACGAGUCCAUGGAUGCGAUGGACGACGAUGUGAUGCAAGUGAACGAUCAAAGCUCGGACUUGGACGAGGAAUUGAAUGAUAUGAAUAUCGACGUAACGGUGCCCGACAUGAAAGUGGACCCAAAGGUGCCCUCCCUUGGCUUCGGCACCGAUUCCCCCAUAUCUGUGAUCCUAAACAACAAAAUAAAACCCAUUUUAUGUUACAUUAAAAAAGGGAAUAAAAAGUCUGUGAGAUGGAUUGAUGAGAACGGGAGGAAUAACAUAGAAACGGUUAAGUUCUUUGAAUUGGACGAA